GCUUCAUCCGACUUCUGAGCUGUUAGGAGUCCAGGACAGAAGUUAACCUAUCGAGACGACCAUGGCGAACACUACAGGUCCCCAGGUGGCAUUUUACAGCCAAGAUGAGCCCAGCUUCGGCUAUCCCGCUGGGAUGACGGUGGUGGAUUUUGUACCUGAGACCAUCAAGCAUAUGGUGCACCAACACUGGUACCAGUUCCCCCCCGUCAACCCCAUGUGGCAUUACCUCCUGGGUAUCAUCUACAUCUUCCUUGGCUUUUUCUCCACCGUUGGGAACGGCCUCGUUAUCUACCUGUACAUGAAAUGCAAGGCUCUCAAGACCCCGGCUAACAUGUUGGUUGUUAACUUGGCGCUGUCCGACCUCAUCAUGUUGACCACUAACUUCCCCCCUUUCGCCUACAACUGCUUCAGCGGCGGAAGAUGGAUGUUCAGUUCAUUCUUCUGCGAAAUAUACGCUGCUCUGGGCGCCGUGACAGGUGUGUGUAGCAUCUGGACCCUGGCCAUGAUCUCCUGGGACAGGUACAACAUCAUUUGCAACGGUUUCAAUGGCCCCAAGAUGACUCAGGGUAAGGCCAUGACCAUGUGUCUCUUCUGCUGGGCCAUGGCCAUUGGCUGGGCUCUACCCCCUUUCUUUGGCUGGGGAAAGUACAUCCCUGAGGGCAUCCUCGACUCCUGCAGCUACGACUACCUUUCACAGGACUUUAGUACGAGGAGCUACAACCUUUGCAUCAUCUUCUUCGACUUCUGCCUCCCCUGUGCCCUCAUCAUUGGCUCUUACGUCUUCAUCGUGAAGGCCAUCUGCGCCCACGAAGCCGCUAUGCGUGCUCAGGCCAAGAAGAUGAACGUCACUAACCUCCGUUCUAACGAAGCUGAGAGUCAGCGUGCCGAGAUCCGUAUUGCCAAGACAGCCAUCGCCAACGUUUCACUAUGGCUGGUGUGCUGGACUCCCUACGCCAUCAUCACCAUCCAGGGAGUAUCUGGCAACUACGAGAACAUCACUCCACUGGUGACAAUGUUGCCCGCUCUGCUGGCCAAGUCCGCCUCUUGCUACAACCCCUUCGUCUACGCCAUCAGCCACCCCAAGUUCCGUCUGGCCAUCACUGAGUACCUUCCCUGGUUCUGCGUGCAUGAGGUUGAGCGCAAGACUACUGACGACAACCAGUCCAACGCCACCGCCGCCGAAAAAUCAUAAAUCAUAAGACAUAGACCCCGCCAGCGCAGGGGAGAUGCAGAGUGGACGUGGGUGCAGUUCUGCCACAGACAAGAAAGCGACCAUGAUCGUCAAUGGAUAAUUCUUCUCAUCUUUGUUCGUGUUUACUUGUACAGUAUAUUAACAUCUGAGGCCUCACUAGAAUAUCAGUAAACAUAUUUGCAAUGAAAA